CUCAUGACUGGGACUGCUGUAUCCACAGUUUAGAGUAACCUGUCGCAUCGCUUUUUGUUCUCCUGAAUCGAGGAAAGUCCAUCUUCUGUCGCUUCUUCCUCCAUUCAUUCAUUCAUUCAUUCAUUCAUGGCGAUGAUCGAUCGUGGAAUUUCAGAGAUGGGGUCUCCAUUCUUCCAGAUCAAAACCCGGUUUUUCUCACCACAUUUUCUGUCCUCACUGCCCCAAAGAAAAUAGAAGUAAUAUAGGAAGACGAUUCUGCUUUACUGACAAACAAACCCAUCUUUUUGUUUCUUGAUCUCUCUGGAGAUAAAAGUGUGGGUCUGCAAUCCCAAGUGGGUUUUCCCCUCAGAAAUCUGGUUGGUCUUGCUUCUGUUAGGAUUGUGGCACUGUCACUAUGUUAAAGCAGAUUCUUAGCAAAUUGCCUAAGAAGGUGCCGAAAUCUGAUUCGUCUGAUUCUGCCCAGGGUGAUUCUGGGAAUUCUACUAGUUUUGGGAAUGUCUUUCAAUGCACAAAUGUAGGGAGCACUUUUUCCAGCAAAUUGAAUGUUGUCAAGCGAGUAUCUUCGGUGGUUUUCCCAGCAAGCAUGAACGCUGGAGUAGAAGCCGUUGACCCCAAUUUAUCCUUCAAAGACGUUUCAAAUACACAGAAGCAAAACUUGUUUAUUAGUAAGCUGAAUCUUUGCUGCAAAGUUUAUGAUAUGAGUGAUCUGGAUAUGAACUGUGCAGAGCAAGAUCAUAAACGUCAAACGUUGACAGAUCUUGUUGACUUUGUUUCUUCUGGGUCUGCAAAGUUUACAGAACCAGUAAUUGCUGCAGUGUGUAAAAUGUGUGCAAGUAACUUGUUCAGGGUUUUCCCUCCCAAGAUUCGGACCAAUUCAAAUGGCGGUGAUGCAGAAGAUGAAGAACCAAUGUUUGAUCCAGCCUGGUCCCACCUGCAAAUUGUUUAUGAUCUACUCCUCCAGUUCAUUAACUACAACUCUCUUGAUGUGAAGCUGGCAAAAAUGUACAUUGACCAUGCUUUUAUCUUGAGAUUACUUGAACUUUUUGAUUCUGAAGACCCUAGAGAAAGAGAUUGCUUGAAGACAAUUUUGCAUCGGAUCUAUGGCAAAUUCAUGGUACACAGGACUUUUAUAAGGAAAUCUGUUAGCAAUAUCAUCUACUGUUUUGUUUUUGAGACAGAACGCCAUAAUGGCAUUGCUGAGCUGUUGGAGAUUUUUGGGAGUGUAAUUAGUGGGUUUGCCUUGCCAUUGAAGGAGGAGCACAAGACAUUUUUGGUUAGGGCUUUGAUUCCUCUGCACAAGCCGAGAUCAUUGGGUAUCUAUCACCAGCAGCUAACAUAUUGUGUUGCACAGUUCGUAGAGAAGGAUCAAAAACUGGCUAGCAUUGUGAUAAAGGGGCUGUUGAAGUACUGGCCAGUAACAAAUAGCCAAAAGGAGCUAAUGUUCUUGAGUGAGUUGGAAGAGGUUCUGGAAAUGACUAGCAUGCUUGAAUUUCAGAAGAUCAUGGUCCCACUAUUUCACCGUAUAUGUCACUGCUUAAAUAGUUUAAACUACCAGGUGGCGGAACGAGCCCUCUUGCUAUGGAACAAUGAGCACAUCCUUAAUCUUGUCACGGAAAACCGGCAAGUGUUGCUGCCGAUGGUGUUGUCGGCCCUUGUACAUAAUGCCCAAAACCACUGGAACCAAGCAGUGCUGAGCCUGACUCAGAAUGUGAGGAAGACACUGUCGCAAAUGGACGAGGAUCUAGUAGCUGCCUGCCAAUGUAAGUUGGAGGAGGAAGAGUCGACGUUGAGCGCCGCAGCUGAGAGGCGUAGGACAACAUGGGAGCGCCUGGAAGCCGUGGCAGCUGCUAAUGUGCAAUGCAUGAGUAGCAACAACAGUGGCGGCGGCAGUGGCAGUGAUGAUAUAGUGGUUGCAGUAAAACCUGCCACCACAUGCUUAGUGGCCUGCUGUUAAUUGCUUCACAAGCAAACCAAUCUGAAGCAGUAAACCAGCCCAGAUCAUCCAUAUAUAGAUUGUGGAGGGUGUUUUUAGCUUGCAUGCUGAUGAGUUAGCAUUAUGAUUAUGAUUAUGAUUAAUAUUUUCUUUUUUUUUUUUUUUAGUAUGAUGCCUAUAGGUUUUUUUUUUGGGUCUUUUUAAUUUUAAAUAUUUUUUUGUAUAUUUUCUAAGCAUGCAGAUUGCAAAAUUGUGGUGAGGGCUUUGAUAUGACUAUGGCUGCGUUCUUACUUUCUUAAA